AUGGUGCAUUCGUUUCCAGAACCCAUCAAGCUUCACGACGACGAGACGAGCUCGACGCAAUCCGAGACAUCAGAUGCCGUGCCAAAUACGUUUGAAGGCCCUGAAAAGAACCUUGAAAUUGACUUUAAGUUUGGCAUCGGACACGCCCAUGGCCUACGUGAGGUGCCACGCCACGAUCUCGAUGAAAUGCUAGAAGCUGGACAAUGCCAGAUUCUAUCCCGCACGAGCAAUGACCACAUUGAUGCCUACGUGCUUUCUGAGAGCUCUAUGUUCAUUUAUGCUCACAAAAUUGUGCUUAAAACAUGCGGUACUACUACGUUGCUUAAGUGUCUUCCGUUUAUCAAGACUUUUUCGAAUCGUCUUGGUCUUGAGAUUGAGUGGGUGAGUUACUCACGCAAAAAUUAUACUUUUCCGGAGGAGCAGAAGUAUCCCCACACCAGUUUCCAGACAGAGGUGGCAUUUCUGAGCUCGUAUUUUCCAAAUGGGUCGGCUCAUGUUUUAGGUCCGUUGAACCACGACCAUUGGUACAUUUAUGCUUGGGACGCCGAUAUCCAUGAACAUACUGAUCUACUGCCGGUAAAUCUUCCUCAUAAAGAAGUUGGUGCCAAUGAGAGCACUUUACAAGUGUUAAUGCAAGACAUGGACCCAAGCGUCGCCAAGCAGUUCUUUAAGAAUGAUGACAGUACGAUUACCUCCCGUCGCAUGACGAUUGAGAGCGGUAUCCGUGACCUAGUGCCUGGUGCUUUGAUUGAUGACUUUGCUUUCGAUCCAUGUGGAUACUCGAUGAACGGCAUUUUGUUCGAUGCUUACUACACAAUCCACAUCACCCCCGAGAGCCACUGCAGCUACGUGAGCUUUGAGACCAAUGCCCGUCUCCGUUCAUAUGCGUCAUUACUCAAGAAUGUGCUGCGUUGCUUUCGUCCGGCAAAGUACUCGGUAAGUGUGUAUACAGACCGUAACGCGCUCGAAUCCGCCAAGGGCGACAACAUGUUUGCCGAGGAUUCAGUCAAGAUUGAUGACGAUCUGCUAUACAAGCGGAAGGGCGGACACACGCAGGCUACGUUUGAAGGUGAUUACAUGUGUCGCAUGGCCAAUUUCGCUCGAACGGACGUACCCGUGCUUAGUCGUGCCGCGAGCAAGAUCCGCUCCCCUUCCUUCGCAUAA